AUGUCUGUUCCUGUAUCCGAAUCAGAGUUGUUGACUGUGGUACCCAGUGAACUGAAAAAACUGGCCAAGUUCAUUGUCAGAGGUUUUUACGGCAUAGAGGCUGCUUUAGUAAUUGAUGUUCUGAUUGUCAGCCCUUGCAUCAAAGAGGAAGAUCUUGCAGCGCUUCUGAAAUAUGACAAAAAACAAUUGCGGAGUAUACUGAAUCAGCUGAAAAAUGACCAGUUUAUCAAGCAGCGUAUGCGAGUGGAAACUCAGGAAGAUGGCAAGAUGAACAGACAUAAUUAUUAUUUCAUUAAUUAUAAAAUAUUGGUGAACGUUGUUAAAUAUAAACUUGACCGUAUGCGUCAGAAACUCGAAACAGAGGAGCGGGACUCUAGCUGCAAGGCGUCAUUCAAGUGUACAAACUGUAUGAAGACUUACAAUGAUUUUGACGCUAAAGACUUGUAUGAUCCAUACACCGGGGAAAUGAAGUGUACGUUUUGUAAUACUGUCGUCGACGAAGAUGAAAGCGCCAUGCCUAAAAAGGAUUCCCGUACUCUGAUUGCAAGAUUUAAUGAUGAAAUGCAACCGUUGUAUAAUCUGCUUCGAGAGACUGAGGAGUUGAGACUUGCUCCAUCGAUAUUGGAGCCAGAACCAAUGACCUCAGCUCCAGGGGAUACACAUAGGAGACCUGGCCAAGGUGGUCACAAGGAAAACCAGGGCAUGGAGGCAUGGAGUGGGGAUGCAACCAGAAACAGGACAUACGAUCUUUAUGACCAAACAGUCACAAUAGACAUGAAAGAAGAAGGUAUGCAGCAGGUUGCCAAGGAAACCGUACAGGCAAAGGAAAGACCAAUUUGGAUGACGGAGAGCACGGUCAAAGGUGCAUCUAUGGAAUCAAUGGACCUGUCUAUGGGAGCAUCUGGUAGCUCAGAAGACAUGACACAAGCUAGUAAAUCGCAGCAGGACAGAGAAGAAAUUAUGCGUGCUUUACUGGCCCAUGAAAGGAAAGGCGCAACUAAUGCAACCAUACCUGGGGCAGCUGCUGCUGACAGCGACGCAAGCGAUUCCAGCGAUUCGGAUGAUGAUAUGCUGCCAAAGAAAGCACCACCAGCCAUAGCGACCACAAGCACUAUGGAAAUGGAAAGCGAAGAGGAAGAGGAGGAGGAGAUGGUUACCAUUGGCAACAUGAAAGUACCGCUGAGUGAAGUCACUGAUGAAAUGGUAGCUAAAAUGUCACCUACUGAGAAGGAAACAUAUAUCAGGAUGGGACAGGAAGCAUAUGCUGCCAUUUAUGAAUAA